AUGCCAGUGUGCUGGGAUCCCAGGGUGUGGGGGUCCCGGGGUGCCGGGGUGCUGGUGUGAUGGGGUGCGGGGGUGACGGUGUGCUGGGGCCCCAGGGUGUGGGAGUCCCAGGGUGUCGGGUGCCAGGGUGAUGGGAGUGUGGGGGUGCGGGGGUGCUGGGGUCCCGGGGUGUGGGGGUCCUGGGGUGCUGGUGUGAUGGGGUGAUGGGGUGUGGGGGGGCGAGGGUGCUGGGGUGCCGGUGUGACAGGCGUGGCCACCCCAGGGUCCCCCCUCCCUCAGGUGAACCUGACGGCCACCAUGGGGACGCUGGCGGUGGCGGCCGUGGUGGAGGGCGUGGAGCUGCGGGGGGAGGGGCAGCCCCACCUCUCGCUGGCCGCCGCCCACCUGGACCACCUCAACCGCCAGCUGCAGUUCGUCACCUACACCAACACCCUCUUCCACCCCGACACCGCCGACAUCGGGUACAACAUCACGGCACUGGUGACCAUCGCCACCAAGACCUUCCUGCGCUACGACAAACUGCGGGGGCUCAUCGCCAGCAUCCGCCGCUUCUACCCCUCCGUCACCAUCGUGGUGGCCGAUGACAGCCAGCCAUAG